AGCCGAGUAGUAUAAAAGCUGGAGGGAACCAAGUGUUUGUGUUAUUCCAAAUACCUAGCAUCAUGAGGUAUCUAGUAUUUGUAGUAUGCGUUGCUUUGCAAAUAAUCAACUCCGAAAGUCAACAGUUACCUGGAAAUGGCACGAAUACACGCGAUGAAAAUGAAAAUACAACCGACGCGAUUAGAUUUCUCGUUGGUGUGCUGAGAUGCUUAUUAGGGAGUGUUCGAGAUAUCGCGGUCCAAGACUUACCGCCAAUCGUCACGGCACUAGGAUCUGCGUUAAGUCGACUCAAUCUGUGCACCGAUGUUCCCAUUGUCAACCGGGACAGGGGCGAACUAAUACAACUGUUGCGAUGCCUGAUAGACAGAUUAGGAACGGUAUCGCGUGAGGACCUUGUCAAAAUUGUCCGGGAACUGGAUCCGAUCUUAAACAAACUCUCAGUUGGCUUGAGUUGUGUUCAACACCGUUUAAACUCCCUUUGUGGCACUGGCAGCAGAUGUGUUUUGCAACUACUCGGUCUUUCUUGUACCACACUGUCUCUACUGGAGGUAGUUAACGCUAUCCUUUCUGGAACUGUGCGAUUGGUGUGUUCCCUAAAUUUAGUAUAAGUGUAGCCCGGCAAUAGAAUCGAUUUGAUGUGACAUUUUGCUACUGUUUAAAUGGUAAUCUGCUGCCUACAAUGUGUCAUGGUGCUGGAUAAAAAUGUGUUUUAACAAAUAUAUACACAUUUCCUUACUGCAA